UAUAUUUGUUUGAAGGACCAGUUGAAAGUAUUAUUUUGGCUUGCAAGGGGUUAAAGCAUGUAGGUUCAUAUUUAAGUAAAAAGAACAUAUGAUUGACAAGUUUGAAAUGUACGUGUGAAAAGUAUUUCUUGAUUGGAAACAGAUAAAUAUUUAUAAAAGACCAGACGGAAAAGAAUUUAUUGAGAUUAACAUUACAGAAUAAAUUGAUGAAGAGGACCAUUGAAAAAAUUCAAAAUCCUUCAAGUCUUAAGCAACACCAAAUUGAGACAGCUGAUCAACUGCCAUAUAUAUUUAAUUAAAGUCUAAAAAAAAUGGAUUUAUUAGCACCUUCUGUGUAGUAUAAAAGAUGGCAUACUGUGAAACAAUAGUCCGUCUGCUGUUGUGCUUGGGAAGAUGAAAUCAGAGGUCAUAUUGAGUACCUUAGCAAGGAAGAAGCUGUAUGUUAAACACCAUUUUACUAAUCAGUUUCAACAGGAAGUGACAUCAUCAAUGAUGAUUGACUCUGGGUCACCUGAUCACAUACAACUUAGCCAUCAAGGAAAUUCUUCACUAUUAAUACAUAAUCAAAGAGAUUUCUCACAAGAAGUUAAUGAGGAAAAAUCGCCUUUGAUCUCCAGCAGUCGUACUCCCAGUCACUCGCCAGAUCGUGUUCAGAUGGUACCAAUAGAAGCUGAGCCCAUGUCACUGGAAGUUUUGAAGGGUUCCAUAACAGAAAUGCGUCCAUCGUUCCAAAGUGUGAUCACUUGUGGACAAGGACUAUGUGGAAACUCUCCACCUUUACAGAAUGGGACUUGUGGAGAAAUGUUUCCACGCACAAGUUUUAUGGGUAGUGUAGGACUUAACUUGUGUACACCAUCCAGCAUGGAUUCCCCAAUUAUCUCCCCUGUUUCAGUUCCUGUGAUGAAUGAUAUUACACAAGAGCAUAAUAUGCAGUGUUCUCCGUCCCCUCCAAGUCAGAAUUCAGAAUCUGGCUCAUUUGCAAGUCCCAAAGAAUUGUCGCCACAGAUAAUGUUUGACUGUCACUGGCUGAAAUGUGAUCAAAGCUUCUCUAAUAUGGACGACUUGGUGACCCAUGUUAAUGACAAUCAUGUCAAGGUUGAGCGACCAGAUGUUGAUUACCAGUGUAAAUGGGAUGGCUGUCCUCGUAAAGGCAAAGGGUUCAAUGCCAGGUAUAAAAUGCUGAUCCACAUCAGAACCCAUACAAACGAGAAACCACACAGCUGUAAACUGUGUGGUAAAUGUUUCUCCCGACUGGAGAACUUAAAAAUACACUACAGAUCACAUACAGGUGAAAAGCCAUAUAUUUGUCCUGUGGAUGGCUGUCAAAAGGCAUACUCUAACUCUAGUGACCGAUUCAAACAUGUGCGAACACAUCAGGAAGAAAAGCCGUACAUCUGCAAAAUGCCAGGAUGUAAUAAACGUUAUACUGAUCCAAGUUCUCUGCGGAAGCAUGUACGGACACAUGGACAUUAUUAUCGUGAGGAAAAUGGGAAACAAAAAUCUAAAGUUUCCAGUACAAUGCCUCAGCAGCAGCCCAUUUUUCCAUCGGUGAAGUUACAGAUCCCAUCAGUGACUCAUUCACCUACUUCGCCCAUCAAUCCUCUAAUGAGCAUGUCCCAGAACAAACUGAUGCCACACAGCAUGCCAACACACAGUCAUCCUCUUCAUAAUAUAUUACAUGCGUCUAACUUUACAUCAAAUCCGAUGUUAUCGUCAACAAUUCUGACACCGUCGUCUGCUACGCAUUCAACUUCUACUCAGACAGAAGGGGUAAUUAUUUCACUGUCUCCAAAUUCACCGCUCAAAAUGGACAUUGGUGGUGAAAAACUUGGCAAUGAAGAGGAUGAUAAGAUCCAAGAUGGGCCUUUGGAUCUGUCGACUAGUCCUUCUGCAGAAUCAGAUAUGUUAGUUGGACAUAGAGAAAGCUCAACAUUCUCGACAGGGAAGUGGGAGUUAAUUAAUUCCUAGCAUGAAGACUCAAAUUAUUUUAUUAUAGAUUUAUUUGUCUUUUAAGUUUCGUUUAUAAAGUUAAAAGGAUAAAAUUUUCAAAUUGAGAAUUGAAAGUGCUAUAGAUAUUCUAUUUUCUUAUUUAUAUUUUGUUAUUCUCAAUAUUUGAGAAUGCAUUUAUUUGAAAUUUGUUGUCUUUGUAUCUUGACUAAUAAAAACAAUUAUUAGAAGAAGUUAAGAAUUUGAAUAGAAUUUAUUUAGAUUUCAAAUUUUUUGGGGGAAAGUCUUCUUAUUUAAACUAUUUACUUAUAAGGUAGAUUUUUAAUCACAAAAUCGGUACAUGUUUGCACAUAUUUUCAUUCAGAUUGUAAAUUUAUUUCUAAGUUUUGAAUUUAGAAUUAUGUUCAUUUGAUUUUUAGCUCAAUUUGCUUGGUAAUGAUAUAUUAGGUGCAUUGAAUUGUAAUGUAAUGAAAAAAAAAUUCAUGCAUUGUAUAAUUAAUGAGGAAUACCUGAGUUAAGGGAGCUAGCCCUUAUAAAAUCAGUAAUGAUAGAAAGAUUUGUCAAUGCUUUUGAAGCAUUUAUGUGAAACAGAAUUAAAAUAAUCUGUGUUACUUAGAAGCUUAAAAUUUUAUUUUGAAAAGGAAUGACGUAAACGUACCAUUGAUUAUUAAGAGUUGUGUCCCUUAACUUAGAUUUACGUCCUUAAAUCAUAAAUUUAGAACUGCUAAAAGAUUAUAUUGCAUAAUAUUGAAAAUGAGUUUUAAAAAAGAUUGAGAAUAAAUGGCAAUUUGUCAGGACACUGUAAUUUCACUCUUCCAUUGCUGGUAAAGCCAACAAAGAUUAGUUGUGUUUCCUGCCUCCCUUCCUCCCGUUAAUUUUCAUGCUUGCGCUUAAUAUUUUAUGGACAUUUUUGGUUAAUCAACAUUAAAGUAAACUAGUAUAUAUAUUUUUUUUUGCUCAAUAUAAAAUUUCUGUCAAAUUUUAACAUGAGACAGUGAAUUCCUUAUGUUGAUAAUAUGUGGAUAAGCAAUUCAUGUAUUAUCUGGGAAUGUGCAUUUGGACAUAAAUUAUAAACCCUGUUUGACCUAUGUUAGAUUUAUUGGUUUAUUUAUAUACUCAUAUUUGAAAUAAUUUUUAUGUUGUCUCCUUAGAUUUUGUUUGUAGCUCAGUGUUGAUUAUUCUAAUUUUUAUUGUUAGGGCAGAACAAUCUUUACUGAUACUUAAACAAAGAAAAUCGUUUGAAUACUAAAAAAAACAACUGAUUUUGUCUUUGAAAUUCAACUGCAUGAUUGUCAACUUCAAUCUUUUGAAACCCAAAAGUCCAACCAAAUCUUUUGAAAAGCUAACAUAUGCUAGGAACAAUUUAACACACAUUUUAGAUCAAUUGUGGCAAUUAUCACAUGUGUCUUUUUAUGAAGGAGUAUAUCCUUUUACUCUGCAAAUAUGCAUUAUUCUCCUUUUAACAAAUGAGCUGCGUCUGAUAGAAAUCAACCUUAUGCAAAUGAAAAUCAAUGAAUCUGUUAACCUAUUUUGGGUUGGAAAAAAUUUCUAUGGAAAGUCUUAACGGUUUGAAAAUUGAGCUGUUAUAAGAAAAUCUACAAAACAGACAGAAAUUCAUCUUUUACUUUGUAUUUGAAUGUUCCAAAAUCAAUCAAAGUCUUAUACAUAAACAUGUAUACGUGCACUUGCAUAAGGUCUAUUUCUAUCUGACGCAGCUCACAUAUAUAAGAUCAAUUGGCAAUUAUCACAUUUGUCUUAUUAUGAAGGAGUGUAACCUUUUACUAUGAAAAGAUGUAUCAUUCUCCUUUGUGCUGAACCUAUAUAAUCAUCAAUUUGGGUUGGGGCAAGGACUUUUAUGUUUUUAUUAUUAACAUCUCUGUAUUUCUGCAUCAGCUGUUAGCUUUGUCUCAGAUGUGGCUUUCAGUCAUACCUGUCAACUAUUUGGAGCUUCAUAGUUGGAGAUCUCCGUCUUUCCAGAAUCCUUAAAUUUAUUAGAAAAACAAAACACAAAUGAGCUUAUUUUGUGUCCGAUGAUUUUACUGCCUUGACACAAACCUCUGUGAUAUUUGUUAUUGUUAGAUAUGGUACAGCUGUUUUGUUUGAUUCUUUUUGUUUUAAAAAAGUAGUUACAUGUUGUAAUUUUCAUGCAUCCACAAACAUUUGAUUGCUAUCAAACUUUUAUGAAUAAUAGUAUUUUUUUUAUUAUGCUGCCCUCUGUAGUAGAGAGGCAUAAUGCUUUCUGGUCUGUGUGUCCGUUCAUCGGUCAGAUAAAGUUUGAGUUUAAGAUAGUUUACAAUGAACUUGAAACUAAGUACCUAUGCUUUUUAUUAAUGGAUAAUCUGCUUGCAAAAUAUUGAAAUAGGACAUUUAGCUUAUAACAUUAAUGAAAACAAUUAUGCAUAAUGUAAAUUGAACAAGAUUCACAGUAAAAAAGCAGACAUUGAAUAGGGAUUUUUGAAACUCAGUUCUGAUGUUUAAUGUAUAUUUUUCAUAGAUGAUGUUCUUGAAAGAAAAUUUUAUGGGAAGUCAGCAUUUUUAAAAUGAGUAAUUGUAUAUGAAACAUAUACAGCAGUUUUCAAGUGUAAAAAGAUUUAUGUAAUAAGAUACUUUAAAACAAUUUAAAUUUGAUUUAUGAGCUCAAGUACAAUUGAGAAUUUUUGUUUAUGGAAAAUGUUAUAACUUUGAAUUGCAAUCUUUAAAUCUUCAUUAUUUUUAGGGCCACAUUGUGGUAUUCAUAUUUGAAUGCAAAUAUAUCACUGUAAAAAACAAAUUUAAAUUCAGAAAUUAUUUUUAUUUAUGCAAAGAAUAGGACAGUAGCAGGUUUGCAAAAUUAAAAACUCACAUUCAUGAUUUCAGUACUGAUUAAUCUUCAUACAAUUUCUGCAAUCACAUUUAUUUGAUAAAUUUUUCUGAAUUUAUAGUAUUUAUUUUUAGAGCAAAUGAAAACACAAAAUUAACAGGAUCAUUUUUUAGGGAUUUAUUUUGUGAAAGCAAAACUUGAUAUAAAAAAAAAUCAAUGUAACAGGUAAUGUAACAAGUAAGGAACUAUCUUUUUGUCAUUUGCAUAAAUUGUUCUAUUCAUAACUUUUACAUUGUACAGAUAACAAAUUAUUUAACUCCAGGGGUUGUUCCCCCUGUCAGGUAGUGCUAGAUCACAUUUAUAAAUGGUGCUCAUUAUGAAAUGCAUUUGAAGCUCACAUGUUUAUUUAUUGGUGCCUCUUGUUUAUAGAUUUGUUCACAGCAUGCAUGACACAUCAUACAGAAAUAUUAUUCAGUCUGCAUAUAGUUCAUGGUAUUACAAUUUUUUAUUUUCAUUCUUCAUUCAGUUUUAUGAUAGGGUAUGAAAACCACUUUCUUCUUCCACAUUUUAAUACGCCCGUCAAAAUUUUGACGGGACGUAUUAUGGUAUACAAAUGUUGUCUGUCUGUCCGGCGUAAACAUGUUGCACCGUAACUUGAGAAUGACUUAUCCAAAUUUCAUGAAACUUAACAUAAUUGUGUCUAAUGAUGGUCAAACGAUCUGUAUAUUUUUUGGUGAAAAUAAGAUUAAAACUUUUUGAGUUACGGGACUUAGUAACUAAAACAGGUGUGUGUUUUUUUUUUUGCACAUGUCGCGCCAUAUCUCAAAAACAAUUUAUGAUUAUUGCUUAAAACUUGACAAACUUCUUAGUUAUAUUGAUCUUCAGAUCUGUAUACUUUUUGGUGAUGAUUCAGAGUUUAAUUUUUGAGUUAUUGAGUAUUUUGUAAAAGAAGGGGGAGGGGUUUUUCACAUGUCGUGCUGUAUCUUAAAAACGAUUUAUGAUUAAUUGCUUAAAAUUUUACACACUUCUCAGUUAUACUAAUCAAAAGAUAUGUAUACUUUUUGGUUUUGAUUCAAAAUUUUAUUUUAGAGAUAUUGAGUUUUUUGUAAAAAAAAAGGGGGGUUUUCGCAUGUCGCGCCGUAUGUCAGAUACUAUUUAUGAUUAUUCCAUAAAAAUUCGCACACAAGACGCUCAUGGCGCAGCUGUUUAUUACAAUUCAUGAUGGGGAUUUCAUCAUGAUUGGGUCUUUAAAAGAAUCAAAUUUGUUGGAAGAUAUGAUUGGGAUUUUUAAUAGACAGGACAGUAGCCGUUUUUUUGUGAGAAAGUGUUAGGACAAAAACUUCUAUUUAAAAAAAAAACAAAUCCAGACUGGUCAAUUUUUUUUUAAAUUAUAAAAAAAUCUUGAAAAUCAUUUAAACUGCAUUUUCUUAUUUAUCACUUUGAAAAUGAAAAGUUGAUAAGAACAAAUUGAAUACUUAAUUUGUUUCAAUCAAGUCUUUAACACAAACAUAUAUGAUUUUCAUUCAAUUAUCAAGUUCGAAGUGUUCAUUCUCAUAUCCCUUAUAUAAAUGCUAUGCUAAAUUACGGGAUUUGUACAGAUAAACUAGUCUACUGAAAGAAACGCAUUUACAUAAAUUGUUUAUGUUAGUUUGAAUGAAUCAUGUUUGGUGUCAUAUUCUAUUAACAAGUUCAAAGUUUGCUUUGUCACACAUCAUCAAAAUAGGAUUCUUUAAAAGGUGUCAAUUCUAACAGAAAUAUUAUAUAAGUGAUGUUCAUUCACAUAUUUUUUUAAGAAUUAGUCAUUUUAGGUAGCUUAUGCAUUCCAUUUUGGAGAAACAAACACAGUUUUGAAAAUAAUUGGUUAAUUUUUACAGGAAAAAGAAGAACAAGAAUAUAAUACUGAAGAUAAAUGUACCAUCUCCUUUUAAACUUAUACAUAAGAAGUCUCAAGAAAGUUAUGUAAUUAGAUGGUCAUUUUAACAGUUGCACCUUGUUUAUGUAUUUAAAAAAUAUAACCAAAAUAUAAAAAGUUUCAUAUUGUGUUUCAAAGACUUUCAGAAUUGUAGUUUUGAGUAUUGCCAUAAUCUAAAUAAAUUGAUUCCAUAGAUAUAAAAACCGAGGACUCACAUUUCGGUGCCUAUAUUUUCUUUGAAUCAGAUAUAUGAAAUAAUAGAUCAAGUGUAAAAAAAAUUUCUACUUAAAGAUGAUAUGACAUGAAGGGACGGAAUUACUUUUGAUUUUUACCUUUCUCUUUUUUUUUAAAUUUUGGUCAAUAAUUCCUGUUAAAAUUAAUGCUAUAUAAUUUAUCAAAUUUGUUUGAGUUUGUUUAAUAUAUGUUAAGAAUUUCUGAAGGAUAAAAACACUAGGAAAACAUGUAGUAUCACCCUUUCAAAUCAAAUGCUAAGAUGUAAAAAUAAAAAAAAAUAUUCCCUCUUUGUAAUUUAAUGAAACAGUCUCUCCAUCCUCUUAAAUACAAUCUUGACCAAUCAGAAUCUCUAAGAUGACAUCUGUACCAAUCAGAAUCUCCUUAACUACACCUGGACCAAGCAGAUCCUCUAAAACAGUGUUGUUUCCGAUAAUGCAUCACCAAUUCUGACUGUCAAAAAUAUUGAAGGUUUUAAAUAUUUCAAACAAAAAAUUCAAGCCUCGCAUGAUUAAAUAAUUGUCAAGGGAAAUGAAAGACCGAUAGUAAAAUAAUUAUAUGCUUGAUUUUUAUUGAUUUGCUCAACAUCACUGCAACUAUCUGAAGACAAAUGGUCUGUCAUUUAAAAAAGUAUGUAUAAUUGAACAGGAUAGAGUAAAAUGUUCUUUCUUAACUGUGAGCUCAAUUUCAUAAAAUUCUUUUCAGAUCUGUUACAUAUUGGUUGUGUAAUACUUUUGUAAGAUUUAUUUAUUAAUAAAAAUGCUCAGCAUA